AUGCUUUGUUUAUUCCAAAGGAAGGAAGCAUAUGAUCGUUUCCCUGUUCCAAAGGAUUGCGGAGGAGUUGACUACGAAGUCAUAUGCUCCGACCUGGCAUCGUGUCUACGAAAAAAUCCACCGCCAGAUUUAAGCAUGGAGUCAUCAGCUUCCUUGAAAGCCACCAAGAAAAUUCAGAACAGUCCCUACAAUGCGUCUGCGUUCACCAAAAAUCACGUGAGAAGAGUUGAAGAAGCUUUGGGGGAGUUUCGUUGCAAUCAAAAUGAGAGCCCGUUCAAGACGGAUCAAGAUCUACUUGAAGAUGAGCCGAAGUUAAUUUUAGAUGCGACUGGUCGAGUUGGAGAUGAGGUUCUAGCUGCUUCACCUGGACUGAGGCACAUCGACCUAGUGGACAAUGAACAAUCUGCUUACGAGUUUGGGAAGAAAAUGGGUUUCAAGCAGGCAACAAAACUGAGGUUGAAUCAAGCAUUGAAAGACGACACGAAAACUGGUCACUUCAAGACAUUCCUGGAUACAUUUAUCCGACGCUGAAUAUACCUGGAUAGAAUGUCCCAUGGACUGGCGAAUAACUUCUGCAGACUGGCACUGGUCCAUGGACCACAGAUUCAUCUAUCUCAAGACAACCGCAUUUAACGAACUGACAAUUUGAUGACGCUACGGACACUCUCAACUCAUCGCUGUUUCAAAAGUGAACGUCAUUAAAUUUGACUUUGAAUUUAUGGCGCGCAUCUGUCACUGGUUUUCUUGUAUGAGUCUUCUUAUGUGACAUACAUUUAACAAAUAAAGCCGUUUUUUAGCCUGGCAUUGGCUCAUACUUUACUCAUGAGUGUCUCAAGGAUUUUCAGUUCUUGAGGCUAAUAUUUGUGCGGUUGUCUCUCCGGAAAAUGUCCGUCCGACAUUGAAAUUAAAGAAAGCGUAUCCAGGA